CUCUCCCCCUCCCCCUACCCCGGGCAUCUUUCCUCUCCCUUCCCCAUGCGCAGGGCAUAAUCCACAAUGGCGGCCGUGAUAUGCGAACUCCGUGUUAUCGGGCGGCGCAAUUUUUAACACAAACUGUAUGCUUGGGGUACCUGUGGGGUGAUACCCAGAAUGCAUAUGUUGCGGACUUGCUUGGUAGCCGCGCUCCGUUCCCUAGUAAUGGCGUCCAAAUCGAAAAUGGCGCCAGAAGCAACACAACAUAUUUCUUUAAAACACAAGUAAAAAAAUAACACUUCAACCUGUCAGUUGAAUGCGUCCGAUAAAGUUCAUGUUGUACCCUAUCGUUGGUUGACGUGCUCUUGCUAGUGAGCAAUUUUAAGUAUGAACUCCAAAAACUUGGCGGCCAGUUUCGGUUCUGGUAGAAAUUCGUCGUCGAAAACGCGACCGAACACAGCGAAAGGCAGCCGAAGUACUGCAAGCACAGGGAGAUAUUCAUCUCGCUCCGACAAGAGUGUGGAAUCAGAUAUGUCAGAUUUGCUUUCCAUCACUGGAACACCAACAGCGAAGCAGCCAAAAACAGUAGCUCAUCCUAGAACAGGGAGUAGCAGUAGUCAAUGGAGACCAGAGAAGAAGGUGCAGCAUGACAUAUCGGAUGGUGAGAGUGACAGGACAAGCGGUAGUGGUGGAGCGCGCAGGAAAGCUCCCAACAAGUUAGACCAGGGAGGCAAUCUGAGAAACCAAAGCAAGAAAUCAAAAAGUCAAGGAAAGAAGCCAUUAGCAGCAGAUUUUAAGAUCAACAGCCCUGAUAGACAGAGCUCAUCAAAACCUACAGAAACAAUCAAUGAUGCAGAGGAAGACUGGUGGCCAGGAUCUAGCAUUAAUGCCCAGGUCCCUCCCUUACUUGAGCUCAGAUCCCUGUCAGAAGAGGAAGAGCAUAAGCCUUGGUGGCAUGGGAACAAGUCCCAGGGCCCUGAAGAGGAUCAGGCCAUGGUUAACAGUGAGUUCAAGCUGUGGACUGGGAAAAGCAAUGACAGCGACCCAUUGGUUGAUGCUAUUAAUGAAAUGCUUCAGUCACCAGGUGAUGGGAGCAGAAAAAGCUCAGCCAAGUCAAAUGACAGCGCGGCCAAGAACAGCCCAGUGCCAAAGCUCUUUCUUGGUAAUGGCUCAGAUGAUGACAUCAUUUCAAGAGAUUCCAGAGAAACACAGGCUGCCAUUACCAUACAGCGGUGGGUGAGAGGGUGGCGGGUGCGGAGAUGGAUAGGGCAGGGUGCCUUAAAGCAUCUGCUUGGACAGAAGAAGAAAGAAGUUCUUGGAAAUCUGGCAAAAUCUAAGACACAGGAGGACCUUGAGGAAAUGAGACAAGCAGAGAAAGUAAAAAGAAGAGAGGAAAAGGCACGACUUGCUCGUCAGGCUGCUAUCGAGGAGCUACAGAAAAAGAGAGAAGAGAAGAAGCAAGAAAACCAGCGCAAAGCUGAGGAUGAAAUGAAAUUCCUACAAGCUAGUGGCAAGGUUUCAAAGAAGAAGAGCAACAGUAGACCUAAAUCUGCCAAACCAGCAAGGCCAGUAAGCUCUUUAAGACUAAAUAAUGAGGCGGCAAGUGCCAGCAAGGGGCCAUCCCCAUCACUACCUGGGUCCAGCCGAAGUACCGAAAGGAAAGUUGACGAGUUAUUCCAGCAGGAAUCCAGAGCAUCUCAGGCUGUCAAGAGUGUGAGCUUUGAUGAUGAGCACCCCCUUCCCUCCGACAGGACGGAAAGCACCUCCAAAAAUGCCGGGAGUGACGUCAAUAGUAAGACCACAUUUGAUGACCUUCUCAACUCAUUGAAGCAACUGGAGCAGGAACCAGAGGAGCUGCUAUCUCCUGGAAUACCUGCAGCAAGUGAUCAUAAACUCAACUCCUGGCUAGAUGAAAUUGACAAAGACAACGAAAAGCCUUAUCUGUCAGUUGCAAACGUGGACAGUCACAACCACCAUAAAGUCCAAAGUGAUUCAAGUACAGCAUUGUCAGCUGAAAAACUCAGGAAUAUUAUCCACUUUCUGGAUGAAGUAGAGAAAGCAGAAGAAGACGUGAGGAGUGAGAUCACUCAGGUGCGUGAAGAAGCCAUCUCGAGGGGUCUUCCUUCACCAAGUGCAUCAACAUCCAUUACCUUUGACAAAGAGAAGGAGCGCGCUGCACUAGAAGAAGCAUCGCAUGCCGCCACUGACGUCACAAAUGCCAUGAUGGCUGUCAAGAUCGAGCUUGAGGAGAAGAAACGAACCAACGAGCUGCUGCAAAGAGCUCUGAACCAGCAGCGUGAGUUUACUUUGAGGCAAGCAAAAGAGAUGGAGAAAGAUGCCAAGCAGAGACUCACUAUCCAGAAACAAGAGUAUGAAGCAGCGAUACAGCGUCACCUCUCCUUUAUCGACCAGCUUAUCGACGACAAAAAGACCCUGGGGGAGAGGUGUGAGGAGCUGGUGAAGAAACUGAAAGACAUUGAUAAGAAAUACAGCGACAAGAUUAAACUUAUGGAGGAAAAUCAUCAAGUCGAGAUAAAAAAGCAAAAAGAGGUCAUUCUAGCAGCUGAAAAACUGAGAAGAGAAAAGUGGAUAACUGAGAAAACUCAACAGAUCAAGGAGGUAACUGUCAAAGGACUUGAGCCAGAUAUUCAGAAGCUCAUCGCAAAGCACAAGGCUGAAGUGAAGAAAAUCAAGUCAGUGCAGCAGGCUGAGCUGCUGGAGUCGGAUGAGCGUGCUGGCAGGAGAUAUAUCCAACAAAUCGAGGAGCUCAGGGACCAGCUUGAACGAGAGAAGGAGAUGGCCUGCACACGGGAAAGAGAACUAGCCCAGCAAAGGAUGGAGAAGCAGAUGGAGCAAGAAGAGCAAGCAUACCAGCAGCAAAGGCGCCGACUAUACUCUGAAGUCCAGGAAGAAAAGGAACGCAUCGCGCUGCAGGCACAACGGCAGCGACAGGAGCUGGACGACGCCAGGAGAGCACUAGAGGAAUCGCACAAGAAGACAGUCACAGAGAGUCAGGCGUCCCACCAGAAAUCUCUGGAAGAUAUCGAGAGAAGACACCAGCUUGAGAUGAAUGAACUUAAGGAAAGGCUAGAAGUCGAAAAGCAAGCAUGGAUCGAGAACUACAUGAAAAAGCAGGAUACUGUGUUGAUGGCCAAGGAGAGGGAGUUGAAGGAGGGAGUCCGUGAAGCGAGAGACAGGGAGAUUGAGAUGGUGAUCAAUCGCUUAGAAGACGAAGCCGCCGCGAGUCGGGAGGAGUGUGAGCGAGCUGCUGAGAACAGAAUCAAACGUGUUCGAGACAAGUAUGAGUCCGAGAUCCGUGAGCUGGAGAGAUCCGAGAGCAACAUGCAGCAGCGCUACAACGAGAUGAAGGAGCGCCUGACGGAGGUGGAGGGCGAGUUGUCUCGGCAGCGCAGUCUCCUCAGACAUAAGGAUACUCAGCAGCAAGACUCAGAGCAGACGCUCACCAGGCUGCAGGAGGAGCGGGGCAAAGUGGCGGACAUCAUACGCCAAGAGUUCGCCGACAGGCUGGUUACCACAGAUGAAGAUAACAAGCGAUUGAAGACAGAGCUAAGCGAGAUGAGGGCGCGACACCGACUGGAACUCGAGCGGAUAACUCGCGAGAAAGAGGAGGAAAUGGAGCAAGUGCACACAAGGGUCAAACAAGCGAUUUCCAAGAAAGAGGAAACGAUGAAGGUUUUACGAGAACAACAACAGGCUGCGAUGAAACGAGCAGACCAUCUCGAGAUGUUACUACAGCAACAGAGAAAAAAGCUGCUACCUUGAACGAUGUGUUAAUUACAGUGUACACAUUCUAUGCAUUGUACGCAAAUUCCAGGGUGUCACUACAUUCAGGAGUAAGACACAUGGCCAAUUCCGGACAGUGAGAUAAUUGGAAAGCGGCAACUUUCCGAUGUUAUAGCGUAGAAACUCUAUAAGCCCUGCCCCCUGUGCUAAAAUUUUCAAAUAAGCCCCAUCUCCACCAACAGGGUGGUAGAGGGAUAUGGAUCACGUUUCACGGACCGAGCAAAAUGGCUUUUUCACGUUUCAAGGACCGAGAAAUGGCCUUUUAAAUCGUCAAAUCACGUUUCACGGACGUCGAAAUGGACGAUUUCCCGUUUCUCGACAGUGAAAAAUGGCCAAAUCUCGUUUCACGGAAAUACUAAGCCUCACAACCUUUCCAAGCACGAAAAAAAAAUUGUAAUGCUUUUCCAAGAGUGCAAGUCAUUCUUGUUGAUUUGAAAGACCACCAGAUGUCAUGGUAAAUGUUGUGACAAAGGUUGAAAUUAGCUGGUUUCAAAAACGGGGAAAUAAGAUUUUGCAAAUCAAGGUCUUUCUUGAGGGCUUCUUUGACAAACAGGGCGUCCUGUCUGUCCAAGAAAGAGUGGGGCCUGGGUAAGAGAAAAAUUUAUUUUGUCCCCCUUCCGGUUCAAAUCGCCACAGGAACCCCAAUUCAUAAAACUACCGAAAAAAAAACACCCUUGAGAUGCCUGCGGAGGAAGCUAGCUGUAAUCCUCUUUAGUUAGAGUAACCACUAGUAGAAAAGUCCACACUUAUAGAAAAUAAUAUUUUGAGUGCAGUUAUAUUUUAAUUGGUGUAAAUUUUAUUAAACCCAUUCCAUCUUUA